AUUGGUAUAACACAUCCAGAUGCCGACGGAACCUAACCUCUCCUCUCCGGCGACGACAACCUCGAAAAUCCGAUUCGAAAACAUUUAUCAACAUCAUCAUCGUCAUCAUCGUUCGGCCGAUAAAAUAGUUAGUUGCACUGGAUAAGAGAGCAGGCGACGAUCGCGUUUUGUUUCUCGCGAUUGUUUCGUUUCGUGUGGAUGUCGUGAUUUUUCAAUUUAUUUAUUUUUUUUUCGUUUCUUUCGGUUGGAAGAUGUUGUGAUACUGUGAUUGGUCAAAUGUUAAUGAUGGACUGUGAUGCUGCGGUGCGCCUCCUGGCGGUCGGUGACGGUGAGAUGAUUCUGGAGCAGGCGGAAAGUCCUCUGGAUCUUCGCGGAUCGUCGGAUCCGAAAUCCUCGUCGGACGGUGAAGCUUCCAAAGCGAAGAAGUCUGGAAGUGGUGGUGGAGCAGCAGCAACAGCAGCAGGAAGCGGAGGACAUCAGAUGAUAAAACCACCGUACUCGUACAUCGCUCUCAUCACCAUGGCGAUCCUGCAGUCGCCGCAGAAGAAGUUAACGCUAAGCGGAAUCUGCGAGUUCAUCAUGACCCGUUUCCAAUACUACAGGGAUAAAUUCCCGGCGUGGCAGAACUCGAUCAGGCACAAUCUCAGCCUGAACGAUUGCUUCAUCAAGAUCCCGAGGGAGCCGGGAAAUCCGGGAAAAGGAAACUACUGGACUCUGGAUCCGUUGGCCGAAGAUAUGUUCGAUAACGGCAGUUUCCUGAGGCGACGGAAACGCUACAAGCGACCGUCACCGAAUCUGAUGUAUCGCGAUCAUCAUCACCACCACCAUCAUCACGCCUCCGCGGCGAUGGUUGCCAAUUUGUUGGCUGCGAAUCAGCAGGACGGUUACCAGCACAGCAUCUUCGGGCCACCGAUGCCGCAUCACGGCCCCUACGGUUAUCUACCCGCCAUACCACCGUUGAUCCCACCCAUGGAUCUCUCGAGGUUAGGGUUGACCCAUCUGGGGCUCAUCCAGCAUCCUCAGGGUGCUCCGAUCUGCAAACCGGUUCCGGUGCAACCGACGCAAACUUCGGCCACUUCGGACCCGGAGGACGGAUUCGUUCCGAGCACCACGACGGAAAUCACCGUCAAAGCCAAAUCCAAGAACGGCUUCACCAUCGACUCGAUCAUGGGCAAGCAGCAGCAUCAUCACCACCAUCACCAUCUGGACGAUAAACCGAAGGAUUCCAGCGAUCAGAAGGUGCCGAGCAUCCACAACCAGGCCUCGGCGUUCUCACCACUCUCCUCCGACGACUGGACCAGGUGAAAUCCAAACAAAAGACACUCGCGUUAGACAUAAAGUGUAAACUAUUCUAGUCCAAUCUCAACCAAAACAACACUAUUUUAAUUUAGAGAUUCACGCAUCUGAGAAUCGAGAAACCGAAACAAUUCUAUACAUUAAUUUAAACUCAAACUUAUUCCAAUGAACGAAACCAAAUUUUACCAAAGAAAAAUGUCAUUUUUUUUAUUUAUAAACGUCAAUGUCAUCAAAUCAAAUGUUUCCUUCUGUCAAGCAACAAGAAAAAAAACCAAACUUCAAACAAAACAUACUAAUUACUACUUAGUACAACUCUUAUUAAUAUUACUUAAUAACCUAAUAAAAAAAGCAACAAUCCUAUGAUUUUAACGGAUGACAUUGACAUGUGUCAUAUUUUUUUUUUUGUUUGACCAAGUUGAAAAUUCAAAGUUGCAAUUGCUUAAACAUUUGAAUACGUGUAAAUUAGUAUGUUUAUUUUUUUUUUCAUUAUAUAAAAAAAAAUCGUAUAUUUUCGUACAACUCUUAUUAAGAUUACUUAAUAAGUGCGGAUUCAGCGUUGACGGAUUAACGUGCCUAUUAAGAAAAAAAAAGCAACAAUCCUAUGAUUUUGACGGAUGACAUUGACAUGUGUCAUAUUUUUUGUUUUGUUUGACCAAGUUGAAAAUUCAAAGUUGCAGUUGCUUAAACAUCUGAAUACGUGUAAAUUAGUAUGUUUAUUUUUUUUUCAUUAUAUAAAAAAAAAAUCGUAUAUUUUCGUACAACUCUUAUUAAGAUUACUUAAUAAGUGCGGAUUCAGCGUUGACGGGCACGUUAAUUAAGAAAAAAAAGCAACAAUCAUAUGAUUUUGACGGAUGACAUUGACAUGUGUCAUAUUUUUUUUUUGUUUGACCAAGUUGAAAAUUCAAAGUUGCAAUUGCUUAAACAUCUGAAUACGUGUAAAUUAUUAUGUUUAAUUUUUCCAUUAUAUAAAAAAAAAUCGUAUAUUUUCGUACAACUCUUAUUAAGUUUGCUUAAUAAGUGCGGAUUCAGCGUUGACGGAUUAACGUGCAUAUUAAGAGAAAAAAAGCAACAAUCCUAUGAUUUUGACGGAUGACAUUGACAUGUGUCAUAUUUUUUGUUUUGUUUGACCAA